CUGCCCCCGGAAGUGACGCUAAGGCCUCCCUCCCCUGAGGAAGUGACGGCGGGCGUGCCCUUGACGGGCGGGGAGGGCUGCGCUGGGCGUCCCUCCGUUCGUGCUGCAGGGAGAUGGCUCAGCGACUUCUGCUGAGGAGGUUCCUGGCCUCUGUCAUCUCCAGGGAGCCCCCUCAGGGUCAGUGGAUACCCCUCACCUCCAGGGUUCUGCAGACCCCACAGUGCAGUCCCAAUAGCCUGACAGUAAUACCCAGCCCAGCCCGGACAAUAUACACCACCAGAGUCUGUACAACAACCUUUAACGUUCAAGAUGGACCUGACUUUCAAGACCGAGUUGUCAACAGUGAGACGCCAGUGGUUGUGGAUUUCCACGCACAGUGGUGUGGCCCCUGCAAGAUCCUGGGGCCAAGGUUGGAGAAGAUGGUGGCCAAACAGCACGGGAAGGUGGUGAUGGCCAAGGUGGAUAUUGACGACCACACAGACCUCGCCAUCGAGUAUGAGGUGUCAGCUGUGCCUACCGUACUGGCCAUCAAGAAUGGGGAUGUGGUAGACAAGUUUGUGGGCAUCAAGGACGAGGACCAACUGGAGGCCUUCUUGAAGAAGCUGAUUGGCUGACAAGGAGGGAAGGAUCCUGAUUGCCCCUGUCCACCUGGGACCCCAGUAGAACUCACAGCCCUUCUCUGCAAGCCCUUCCUGCCUCCUUUCUUCUGUCUGGGCCCUGUGGGAUCCUGCUUUGGAGACCAGCCUCCAAACGUGGGAGCCACUAGUGCUUCUGCACUGGCUGACUGCCCAGGGUGGCCAUCGGAGGAACAGUGCUGCUGCUGACCUGGGACAGCGUUUUUCCUCCCACUGCCCUUUUGUCUGCUCCUUCUAGGGCUCGUUGCUGUUCUCGCAAGAUGCCUGGAGAGAGCCCAGGCCCACCUGCAGGUGUCACUGCUUGGGCAGCCACACAUUGGUCCCUGGUCUUUUCUGAUCUGAACCCCGUGCCCAGCUCUUCUGCCUCCUGCAUUUUUCCUUCCUGCUGCUGUUUUAUAAAAAGAAAAAAAAGAAAUCCCAAUAAGUGAGAGUAAUAUAUAAUUCUCUCAUUCUUUGUAGGUCUGUAAUAAAGAACUUUAUGUGUUCCUUUCUA